CCGAAAAAGCUUCUUCGUCUUCCGAUUUCAACUGUUGUGCUACUGUAUGAUUUGCCAUUAGUCUUGUAUACAGUCCUCUCUGGUAACUGAAAAGUUGGAAGUAACAUUGUAGCUGAUCCCCCUGCUGUGUCCAUGGUGAUGGCCGCCCCCCAAGCAGAAGAAGUGAAGCAGCGUAUCUCUGCCAUCUGGGAGAACCUGCAGUGCCCCAUAUGUUUGGAUCUGAUGAGCGUGCCUGUGACUACAAAAUGUGAUCACCAGUUCUGCAAGUUCUGCAUGCAGAACCUGCUGGACAGAGGUAGACGGCAGGAGACCAACUGCCCGGUCUGCAAAACCAAAGUCACAAAACGGAGUGUUCAGGAGAGUUCUGCGUUUCAGAAGUUGGUUGCCGGGCUACAGCAGCUGGUGGAGGCCUAUGAGUUUGACACCAGCACGAGCUAUUUCACUGGUUUGGCCAAGAGCAGGAGACCUGGCAGCCCUGAGGUCUGGCAGAACACGGACGAGUGUGUGGACAUUGAGACCCCAGAGCAUGAUGGGAUACAUGGAGCUGACGGAAGCGCACCCUCAAUGACGUCAUCUCGAGCAGCUAAGGAUGCCUUUGCCCAGCUGAUGGAUCUUGGAGACUCCUGCUCGGCUACGUCAGACAGCGGCCUCGGACACCUGCCGCAAGCCUCCAGGUUGGGAGCUCUGUGCUCACCUGUACAGCAAGGUGUGGACUUGCCCUCACCUGCAAAAAGAGAAGACAACCUGCCUGUUGAGGGAGAUAGCCUGCCCCUGCUGGUCGAGGGAGGACAUGACGUGUCUGCCGCAUCCGGGGCUCCUCAGCAGACGGGGGUGGCGGAGGGGGCGGAGCCUGACAGGGUCGUGGUCCACGCGAAGAGACAGACCCGGUCUUCGCGGGUGCUGGUUGCCAAGCAACAGUCUGGUGAUUCUGAUGAAGAGGUGGUUCUGCGCAGGUCCAGCCGCAGUGGUAAGAGGCGGGGCCUGGAAGUGGACCGGAUCAUGGACGACGAACCGAAGAACCAGAAACAGAACCUGGAGAUCCGGAGCAGCCUGGGGCGGAGACGCAGCCUAGAAGUGGACCGGAUCGUGGACGGCAGGCAGAGGAGUCUGGAGAAAGUCUCAGAAUGGCUGCUGAGGAUUCCGCCAGAGGGACCAAGUGACAAGGAGGAGGAGCAGCAAAGCACAGACCUGAGACAGGACAACCAAUCAGAGGAAGAGCACUCGCUCCGAGGGAGCAAUUCCUCCUGGUCCAUAGACAGCCCAACAACAGUAACAAACAGGCCGACCAAUCAGAGGGAGGAAGGCAGGAGGGGUUUAGAGGAGCGGGUGUUUGGGGCCGUGUACAGCAGGGGGCGCCGGACUGGAGGAGGGCAGGGGAAAGGGAGGGCCACACCUGGGAGGGCCUCCACUGGACUGGACCAGAUUCACCCAGACAUCGGGCCCACAGCGAUGCCCGCCGCUUCAACACCCGGAGCCACACUGGAAGAUCUGAAAGCGCAGGCCCAGCGGGGAAAGCCAGGGAGGAAGAGGAGGUCUGGCUCCCUGACGCCUGCAGACUUCAUCAAGAGGCCCUGUGCGGUGGAGGGGCAGGAGCCCAACAUAGCUGCCGUGGAGUCUGCUGCCCAGGACCCCGAGGAGCCGAGGCUGGAGGGAUCUGCCCAUAAGCCAGACGUGUCGGGCCUCAACACACAUGGAAGCGUCCCUUGUGAAGCAGAUCCAGAGCCAACACUUGGAUUGCCCCCAGAGAAGUGCCCCACUGGAUUGCCCCCAGAGAAGAGCCCCACUGGAUUGCCCCCAGAGAAGUGGCCCGCCGAGACCAAGGGGAAGAGCGACGAGCGCUCUUUGGACAGGUCAGCGUUUGAGGAGAACGUGAGGACGAGGGGACGACGGAGAGCCAGAGAGAAGAUGGAGGACGCCUGGACCGACCUGGACAAGACCCUGAGCUCCGAUGCGCCGGAGAGAGAGCCUAGGCCGUGGGACGCCAGGGGCAAGAGGCCGCAGAAGAAGCCUGAUGAGCGGAAGCAGCCAAAGGCAGCCAGGACCCUGGAGCUGGUUAGUGCAGGGGGGAAGCACUGCCCCCUGGAGGCGCAGGUGAGUCGGGCGCAGGUGAGACGAGCACCAGCAUGCGAUGCCGACGCCCAGAUCGAGAGCUACCCCAGCAGCGGGGGACUGAGCCCCGCCGCCGCCGAGGUGCAGUGGACUAAUGAGGUGCAGGGCAUCCCGAGAAGGACAAGGUCCAUGACUGCUAAAGCACCGACAACAGGCCACACCAAUCUAGACCACACCAAUCCAGGCCACACCAAUCCAGAGCUGUCUGAUCCAGGCCAACCUGAAGAAGAUCCCAGCGCUGUGAAUGCUAACACACGCGUGAACACACCAGGUCACAGCCCUGCAGAUGGCGCUGAAGAGCAGGACGCAUCACUGAGAACCGGAGCUGUAUUGGCCACAGUACCGAUAGAAUGCCACAUUAACCCAGAGCGCUCUGUGGAGGAGCGGGAACAGGGGGACGGAACCGGAGUCUCCCGCUCCCCACGGAACCAACCUGGCCCGCCUCCGAAGCGGAACGGGUGUGUGUGUGAGCGGGAGAUGGACAGCAUUGAGGAGAUGGAGGUGGUGGAGGCAUCAGCUUUGAGCGAUUCCAGGGAGGAGUCGUCCGCAGCGGUCGUCCCACACACACAGACCCCAAUCCCCUCCCCCAGACCACUCCCUGCGGUGAAUCCGGUGAAUUCUGGGAGUAUGCUGGAUGCGGUGAAUUCUGGGAGUAUGCUGGACGCUGUGGUUCCACAUUCGAAAAGCCCCGCAGAGGCGCUCGUUCCGUUCUCCCUCCCGGGUGUUUCUCCGCAGCAUUCUCCUGCCCCUCUGCAGCGUUCCCCUCUCCAGCAUUCUAGUGCCCCUCUCCAGCAUUCCCCUGCCCUCCUGCGGCGUUCUCCAGCCUCUGCGGCCAGUGUUCCAGCAGUGGCAUUCCAGCAGGAACCUCCGGCCGCUCUGGAGAACCGCUCGAGGGGACCAGCGAGUCCCAAGGUGGUGGAGGAGGAGGAGGAGGGGAACAACGACAGCGAGCUGGACACCGAGCUGCUGCUGAAGAGCUUCCGAGGCAGCAAGAGGAAGUCCUUCCACCUGGGCUCGCCUCGGCGCCAGAACGAGAGCCCUGCGGGAGCCACGGCAACAGAGACGCGGCCAGACACGCAGCCUGGCACUGGUCCGCUGGGGACAGGAGUGAACGCUGGUGUGUUUGGGGCUGGUUCAGAUGUGGUUCAGAACUAUGACGCCGCUGCAGUUCUCUCCUGUGGCAGUGAAUUGAUCCCUCCGUCGGACCCAGGGCAGGGGCGACACAGUGCUGAAGUGCCCCUGGCGGGGUGUCCGGGGUCUGGGAGUCUGGCACCUGCCCCUCAGGAGGCCUGUGGGGGGGGCAAUAAAGAGGACUCAGGGGAGAGGAGCCCGUGCUGGAGGAAGUGCAACUUCCCGAGUCCCUCUGGGGCGCAUCGUGGCGUUCUCAGCGCCGAGCGUGCCGUCCCCAAACCUGCCCCGAGUCUGCUGGAACCCCAACACACAAGUGAACAGGGCCAAUCGUUUGAGUCUUCCAUGACCCCAGAUGGCCUGGUGCCGCUGAAUACAGACUGUUCCGUUCCCCUGGACGCAGAAGGUUCCGUUCCCCUGGACGCAGAAGGUUCUGUUGCCCUGGACGCAGAGAGUCCUGACUGUGUCCUGCUGAGUACAGAGGCGGAAGGCUCAGCCGUGGAGGGGGGCACAGACGCCUCUCAGCCCCUCAGUGCUGUGAGGAAGAGGAGAGGGAGGAAGGCUCAGCGUCUGGAGUCGUCGGAGUCGGAGCUCAGCAGCGAGGAUGACGAGCUGCCCUCCCUCCAGCAGAUCUUCAGACCGAAGGCUUUGCCACAGCCAAUCAGCAAUCUGGGGCGGCGCUCUGUGAACCCCCCAGCCCUGCCCCUGGACCCGGACGGCCCUGAGGAAGAGGCGUCCGACUGCGAGGUCAUUCCCUGCAGCCUGGAGACUCCACCCCCCAGCAGACACUGCCCCCCACAGGCAGAGAGGGGCACUGCAGCUGCUGGAGAGGUGCGGGAGGAGCGAGCAGGGCCUGAUGAAGACCAUGGGGCGGGGCCUGACGAUGGGGCGGGGCCUGAUGAAGACCAGGGGGCGGGGCCUGAUGAAGAUCACGGCUCCCAGGACCUGUUUGGAACUCCAGAGGAGGAUGAGGGUGUCCCUGAGGUGCCUGCAGGUGAGACUGCAGAGUUCUCUCAAUACUCUAGUGACAUCAUCAACACACAGCAAAAGGCGGAGCUGCACGUGGAGCUGCGGCGCUUGGAGCAGAUGAUGGCGCUCGUCUCUGAAGCGCUUAAGCAGAAGGAGGCGGAGCCAUGUACCAAGGCAGUGCAAGGGGCCAGCGCUGAGGCAGCCAAUGGGAACCAAGGGGCGGGGCCAAAAUCCAGCUCACUCAGGUCCCCCAAGAAGCAGCUGUCCAGCGAGCCAGACCGACAGCAGGGGAUGUGCAUGAGGCACGAGGGCUCUGCUGAGGCAGCUGAGGCUGGUCUGCCUACCCCCCCUCCAGGCGGCCUGGGACCCACUCAGCCAUGCAACACCCAGGGACAAACGCAGGGGCAGCGCGAUACUCAGAGUUCUGGUGACAGCCAGAGGUCAGAGGUCAAAGGGUUACCAGCAGGCACUCCUCCCAGACUCCGCCCACUCCAGCUAGUCCUGUCAGGACUAAGUGGGCCACAGCAGGUGGAGGCGAAGAGGUUCGCUAAGAGGAUGGGGAGCAGCGUGACCCCCCACGUGACGUCCGACACUACCCACGUCAUCAUCAGGACAGAUGAUGAACUAGUGUGUGAGCGCACGCUAAAGUACUUCCAGGGCAUCGCCCACAGGACAUGGGUCGUCAGCUACCUCUGGGUCUCAGAGUGUCUCAGACAGGAGAAGCUGCUUAAUGAGGCGGAGUUUGAAGUAUGUGGAGAUGUGGUGAAUGGGCGGAGCCACCAUGGGCCUCAGAAAGCACGCUGCACCCAACACAGCAACUUGCUGAUGAAAGGAUUUGAGAUCUGUUUCUAUGGCCCCUUCGUUGGAAUGAGCACAGGUCACAUGCAAGAGAUGGUUGAGCUUUGUGGAGGUGUUGUGGUGGAAGACCUUGGUCACUUCUCCAAAAACUGUUCUUCGCAGCUUGUGAUUGUACAGCCUGAUUCAGAAUCAGAAACCAACUUCAAAUUCAGAGAUUUGCCAGGCGGUGAUCUGGUGGUGAGCCGUGGUUGGCUUCUGGAUUCCAUAGCAACCUACACACUCCAGGACGUGCACAGCUAUAGACCAGAGCUUCGCCCCUUCUCCCCUGACCCCUCCCCUCCGUUCUGACCAUGCCCACCACAUAUCCACACCAUAGACUCCGCCCCAUCCAGGCAUCCGCCCCCAGACCACUCCUCCUCCUGGACUGUGACCACACCCUCUGGAGCGCUUGGGACGGAGGGACUGGGUUCUCCAGAGUUCCACUGGGUUCUCCAGGGUUCUCUAGAAUUCCACUGUGUUCUCCAGAGUUCCACUGGGUUCUCCAGAGUUCCGCUGGGUUCUCCAGGGUUCUCCAGAGUUCCACUGUGUUUUCCAGAGUUCCGCUGGGUUCUCCAGGGUUCCACUGGGUUCUCCAGGGUUCUCCAGAGUUCCACUGGGUUCUCCAGAGUUCUUCUAGUCCUGCUUUUUUCUGUCCUGUCACAGAUGACCCCAGAAGAACUCAAAACUGGAAAGACACACUCUUUUUCUGUCUCGGACACACACACGAGAACUCUGGAGAGACACACACACUCUUUUUCUGUCUCAGACACACAGACACACACACACAGAACUCUGGAGAGACACACACACUCUUUUUUUUCUGUCUCAGACACACACACACACAGAACUCUGGAGAGACACACACACACACACUCUUUUUCUGUCUCAGACACACAAAACUCUCGAUUUGAUUUAUUCAUCUUUUCCCUGUUCUCUCUCAGGUCCACAAUGUCUGAUUUGUUUUUCUGUGUGUGCGUGUGCGUGUUUGUGUGUGUCUGUGUGUGUGUGUGUGUGUGGUGUGUGCGCGUGUGUGUGUGUACUUUUUGUCUUAAUGAGAAGAGAUGGUUCUGUUGUUCUUGUCAUAAAAUGCUGUAAGUAAAAAAAACAAAACAGAAAUGA